AUGCCCUCUUAUGCCAAAUUUAUGAAGGAUAUUAUUUCCAAAAGGAGCAGCACCGACACUGACCCUAUUGUACUAACCGAAACUUGUAGUGCAAUUUUGCAGGGUGUGAAGAUUCCGGUGAAGAAGAAAGAUCGAGGCUCGGUAACUAUCACAUGCAGUAUUGGGGAUAAAUCUUUCAAAAAGGACCUUAUAGACUUGGGGGCAAGUGUGAGUCUCAUGUCGUUAUCCAUUUACAAGAGGUUGGGGAUCGGAAAAGUGCAAGAUACCAGAAUGACACUUCAAUUUGCUGAUCACUCUGUGAAGAGACCCUAUUGA